AUGUGGAGCUUGUCUAUGUAUGAUGCCGAGCAUCCAAGUUCUGCUUUGAAGGCCGCAGUCGCUGCCAACGUGCUGGCACCUCCGUCUUUAACACUGGAGCAAGUGCUGGAGCUACAGGAGGCCGAGAUUGCAGAGUAUUCCAAGACAACGUUCCAGACUGAGCUAUAUGCCGCCCUCGAGUCAGGCUGCCCAGAAGAGAAGGCACAUUUGCGGCAAGAGCUCUGUUUGAAAGCUCAGGUGCCAAUCGUGGGUCGAUUCGGCUUUGAACCCACGGCCUUGGGAGUGUCUCAAGCCACGUUGGCUAUCCUGCGCCACCAUGGCGAGCCCAAGGCCUGCAUGCACUUGCAGCGUCAGAUUGGCUGGAGUGGUGUGCCUGCCCGAGCUUGGAGCCAGGCUGUAUCGACCGUGUCCAAGCGUGAAGUGGACCAGGAUGAGUUUCAGGAAAUUCUCGAGGAGCAAGGACUUGCAGACUUCAAGGAGGAAGAGCCAGUCAAGCCAAAAAUGGUAGAGAGGACUGAGUUUGAAUCCUUGGUUGGUGUGCUGAUCGCUAUUAACUCCAUUGUGAUGGGCCUGGAAGCAGAUGCACCCGACAAAAGAUCUGUUGGAUGGGUCAUAGUGGAGAAUUUCUUCUGCCUGCUUUGGAUAAGCGAGAUGAUGCUGAAGCUGUGGUUUUACCAUCUGGCCUACUUUAAAAGUGGCUGGAACGUGUUUGACUUCUGCCUUGUUCUCCUCAACAUCUUCGAGACAUGGGUCAUUCCCUCGCUGGCAAUCGAGGAUCUCGACGCACUCGGCGUUCUCAGAAUAGUACGAGUUCUACGAAUCUUGAGAUUGCUGCGGCUGAUUCGACUCAUGCGACUCUUCAAGAACCUCUGGCUCAUCAUCGUGGGUUUCAGGGAAUCCUUGAGCACAUUAUUCUGGGUGUUGAUGCUCUUGUCUGUCGUUGUCUAUGUGUUUGCAAUAUUCUUGCGCCUUACAUUGAGCUGCCCUGAGCAGUUCCAGCAUUGGAUAGAAUGCGAUGACUAUUUUGGAACCAUGCCCAAGUCGAUGUAUACUUUAUUUCAGAUCAUUACGCUUGAGUCCUGGAGUCAGGAGUUUGCGCGUCCGAUUGUAAAGCAGCAGCCAAUGUUCUUUCUUUUCUUUAUGUUCUUCCUCUUCCUCACAACCUUCGGCAUCCUCAACAUCAUAGUUGGUGUCAUUGUGGAAAACACACUGAAUGCAGCCAAGCAGAACAUGGAGCUCCAGGAGAGAAGACUUCAGCGGCAACUUCGACAGGAGUUGGAGAGUAUCCGUAUUCUCUUCGAAGAUGCUGAUGCAGAUGGCAGUGGCACCUUGGAGAAGGACGAAUUUAUCCAAAUCUUGGUCGACGAGGCAGUCAAAAACACCCUCACACGAAUGGAGGUGCCCGUGGAUGAUCCUGGCACCUUGUUUGAGAUCCUUGACCCACAGGGAAGUGGCUCCAUCAGCUUCCCAGUUUUCGCUCAAGGUGUGCUGAGGGUGAAGGGGCCACCGACGCAGUUGGAUAUGAAAACGAUGCAGGUCGGGGUUGCUGGCAUCUCCAGACGCGUCACGAAGGUGGAGCAAGCAGUUGAGAAUCACACGCAGUUGAUUCGGGAAAGCAUGCAGAUGCUUGGGCAGAUUCUUGAAGCACUUGGCCACAAGGGUCAGGUUGUGAAGCCAGGGUACCAGGACACGGGCCCCACAGGAGAUGGCGGUGAUCCUGGCUAUAGGGAAGAUGUCCGCAGAGAUGCGGGCGGAGUUGCUGACAAGCAGGACGCCAUGGAAGUCGAGAGCAUACAUGAUCCCGAUAGCCCAAAGAUGAGAAAGCAGAUGUCGAACGACAGCUUGGAGCUGCUGCGAGAAACAGCCAGCAGCUUCGAAGUUCCCGUGCUUGGAGUGCCAGUGCCUCGCUUGGUAAUCCAGCCGAAGGCAAAAGCUCAUCUUCCUGGGCAGCUUGAGAGCUAA